AUGGGAUCACAAACACCUGAGGAGCAACGCCGAGGCCAUGAUGAAUCUUCAAUUGGCACUGGAAUUGAUUCCAUCAACCCUCCCAAGCCAGCUGCGGCGAGUGGAUUGCUUGGGGGUGCUCUCGAAGGGGAGGACGAUGACGCCGAUGACCAUGACGACGACAAAGAUGGAACCGACUUGAAGCUCAACAAUGAUGCCACCAACGGUGAGCUUGUUGUAUCGUACAUGAAAGCAAAACUGACUUCAAGAGGCCAGAAGAAAAAGCGAAAGAGGAACAAGAACAAAAAGAAGAAAGCACUCGUCACCCAGCAGACAAGUCCUCCCCGUGUCCCACUCGCCGAUAUCUUCAGAAAUCAGCCAUACCCGAAAGGCCAGAUUUCGGAGAACCAAAAUCAGGACGAGAAUCUACAACGCACUACGGACGAGGAAAUUCGACAUGUGUCCAUCAUGGACAACAUGGAUGAUGCGUUCUUGAACGAUUACCGCAAAGCAGCCGAGACCCAUCGUCAAGUUCGUCAGUAUGUACAGACAAUUGCAAAGCCUGGAAUUACUAUGAGCCGACUCGCCGAUGAAAUCGAAGAUGGUGUGCGUGGACUAGUUGGACACCAGGCCACUGAAACUGGAGACGCUCUCAAAGCCGGCAUGGGUUUCCCGACCGGAUUGUGCUUGAAUAACGUCGCUGCUCACUGGACGCCCAACCCUGGCGCUAAGGAGAUCGUGCUUCAGUAUGACGAUGUCUUGAGUGUAGACUUUGGAGUGCACGUGAACGGUCGAAUCGUCGACAGCGCUUUCACCGUUGCUCACAACCCGGUUUAUGACAACCUACUCGAGGGCGUCAAAGCCGCCACCAACACAGGCCUGAAGGAAGCCGGCAUCGACGCACGCAUGGAUCAAAUUAGCGCCGCCAUCCAAGAAGUAAUGGAGAGUUACGAAGUCACGCUGAACAGAAAGACUAUCCCUAUCAAAAGCAUCAACAACAUAACCGGCCACAACAUCCUCCGCUACAAGAUCCACGGCGAUAAACAAGUCCCCUUCGUUAAAACCCGCACCAACCAGCGUAUGGAAGAAGGCGACGUCUUCGCGAUCGAAACCUUUGGCAGCACAGGCCGAGGCUCCAUCCGCGACGACGUGGGCGUGUACGGUUACGGACGCAAUGAGAGCGUCAGCGCUCGCGGCCUACACCACUCGUCUGCCAAGACGCUGCUGAAGUUGAUUGACGACAACUUCGGCACACUGGUCUUUUCCCGCCGUUACCUGGAGCGCGUCGGAGCCAAGAACUACCAUCUUGGUAUGAAGACGUUGGUUGCGAGUGGUAUUGUGCAGCAAUACGGACCGCUGGUGGACGUACCUGGGUCUUACGUUGCGCAGUUCGAACAUACGGUCCUACUUCGACCUAAUUGCAAGGAGAUUAUCUCGAGGGGAGAUGAUUACUGA